GCUGUUGUUUUCAACAUCUUCAUUCCCUCAGUUCCCAUCAACACAGAAGAAAUGUCUAUUUUGGAUUGAUGUAAAUCCGUGCCUGGUAGCAGUGUUGAGGAUCAGUAACCAUCUCUACCCCACUGAAAGACAGACAAUUGCAAUAGCUAAUUAUGUCUGAAGGAAUAGUCUACGCUGAUGUAAAGUUCAAAAAGCAACAAAGGACUGAAGGAAAAAAUUGCGCAUCCACAGUAAAUGAUACCACACACUCUGAAAUUUCCAGAACCAGACGCAACCAGCCAUCUAUCGACCCUAAUGCUGGUGACCCUGAUUCUCAGGAGGGGUCAAAGGUCAAACCAAGUGGAUAUGACCCUGUCAGAGUUGUUCUGGUGACUCUCUGUGUUCUUCUGAUGGGUGCUGUCAUUGGACUUGGGGUUCUCUUUUUGAAACAUAAUCAAGAAUUGAUUGUGCAGAGAACUUGCUGUAAGAUCACAGAGGAUGAGCGUCCAAUAUGUGCUCAUGAUUGGAUGUGUCACAGGAAACACUGCUAUUAUUUUUCCAAUGAUAGUCUGACCUGGGUUGAGAGUCAGGAUAAAUGUGUCUCCAUGGGAGGACAGCUGGUCAUCAUAGACAGCCUUUCUGAGCAGACUAUCUUAGAUAAGAAAGUUGGUGCUAUAAUGAGUGGUGGUGAAGACAAGUUCUGGAUCGGACUGACAGACCAAAAAGAAGAGGGAAAGUGGUUAUGGGUGGACGACACACCUCUAGAUUCAAAUAACAGCUUCUGGUUUGCUUCCCAAAAUGGUGAGAAAGAGCCUGACAACUGGCAAGGAGAUGAGGAAAGAAAAAAUCCAGACGGUGAAGACUGUGCUAGAAUGGGAGAAGAAGGUGGUACUCAUGAUGGCAAGAGUUGGUUUGAUGUCAACUGUGGUUGGUCUCACAGAAGAAUAUGUGAGAUAAUGUUAUUCUGAAAUGUCAUUUUUGUCCUCCCCAGUUUUAUCAUUGGAAUGUGAUACAAAACAGGCUUUAGGACCGUGGACGUGUGUCCGAGCAGUCGGGUAGUCUGUUUGAAGUGUUUAUCCGACCGGAUAAAAUAAAAAUUUAAAAUACCUUAUGUCCCUCCCACUUGAUACACUGUGAUACAGUAUCUGUGUGAAACAAAACAAAAAAGUAUUGAAUUUUGCUAUGAACAUAAAAGUAUCUUUACGUUUCUUUUUGCUGACAUUUAUAAUAAGAAGUGAGGAUAAACUGUAUUGGUAAAUGUAUUACAGUAGCUUACUGCUGAUGUUUACAAACUGCUUGUUAUCAACAAUAUGUUUAUGCUUUAUGCGUUUUAUGCUAUAAUGUAAAACAAGAACAAAUCUACAACUGUGCCUAACAAAAACCAUGUCAGAUAUUUUCAGUUCAAAACUAUCUUUUGGUAUUUAUUUCAUUAGUCCAUUGAUGAUAGUAGUUAGGUUUCGGUCCAAUUGGUGACAGUUGUUCAUGCGAAUAAAAAAAAAUGGCAUAAAAAUAGUAUGCGCAUUUUCCCACCAGAGAUGUUUCCAUCAAAUUAACAUGUUGUGGAUAAAACGCUGUGUGUGGGUGAUAACCUAGUGAACUACUGUUGUGGUUAAAUUCCCAUUCCCAAAUAUAAAAUACAAGUUAAAUGGAGUUCUGUAGUAUUUUCACCUCUACUGAUGGUUUUGUGAAGAAACUAAAUGUGUUUUUGCGAAUGUGCCCACUCUUGUAUUAGCGUGUGCACUAUAUAGCCAAUUAUUAUGGACAAAAGAGUGAGAUAUAUUUUAUUUGUCAAAUGACAGCCAAGCAUUGAUCAUCAUACCACCAAAAUAAGACCCUCAGAUAUUUUUUCUGUAGGAGCAUCAAGCGUAUCACCUUGAACUUUCCCCACCCUGUGAAGUUCAUUAUAAUUUAUUUUGCUAAGACUUCAUUUUAAGGGGUCCGUAUUACAGUAUAAUAAAUGUGUAAUUACACUAACAAAUAUUGUAGUUAAUUUGUAAUAAAUCACAGUUGCACUGUAGUAACAACAUGUAAUUGAUGGUAAUUGCAGUCUGUAAUUACAGAGGAUUUACAACAAAUACUUGUUACCAUGUUUGUUACUAAACUCACCAAUUUAGUGUUUAGUUUCUUCUCAGCUACAUCCAAUUUAGUAUAAACUGUCAAAAGGUUUAAUCUCUUGGACAGAUGAGCUGGGUGUCCGAGAUUACUACGGUUGGAAACUCAACAAGCUCUAUUUACCUACCCGUGAAUGGCACACUUCAACUUCUCCACUCAAUG